CUACCAGAGAGCGCAAAGGCCUUUUGGCUACUACCACAAGUUUCCGGGAUGGAUUCUUCCAAUGAUCUAGCCGUACACUCCAGUGGACCGGCGCCCCGGCUCCGAGACGUCGAGGAAUCAUCWUCGCAACCGCCGCUGCCCGAGGAGGAGAACAAUGACAGACGGCCUUCGGAAGCCACGGGGACAGAAUCGCCCUCCCCRAAAAGGCCUAGGAUCGAGGGCCGCGAAACCGGUGAGAACGCUGCGGGAACCGCUAGGACGACCGUUGUGGAAWCGUCGUCCCAGUCGUCGUCGUCGUCGUUGCCCGGCGGAGGGAACAGCCCGGGAGGUGGCGACGGCAACGAUGCCGAUCCGCAGCAGCAGCAGCAGCAGGAGGAGGAGGAGGAACAAGAACCACGACCGAGCGGGGGCACCGACCAAGCGGUCCAGCGCCUGGAUUCGGAAGACCUGGACCUGGAGGACGACGGGUCCAACUCGGACGACGAACUCCUCUUUCAACAAAUCCUGGCGGCGGCGAGAGCGGGGAGAAUACCGUUGGAAUACCUAGCUGCCCACGGCAUCAACAUCGAGUUCGACGACGGACCGGUGGAGUACCCGUUCGACGAGCCGCCGRCGUCGAUCAAGGACGUUGCGAACUUUAUCCGAUCAGAAAAAUGCCAGCGAAUCCUGGUCUUGGCGGGGUAAGUCUGCGGACCGGUAUUUGCUGUGUUGCGUUGCCUUUACGGCGUUUUGUGGCUGCGCAUUCUUCCUUCUCUGGCCAAUAACAGAACCAAACCUUGUAGUGUGAUGAAAAAUACCCCACGUGCUGGUCUCAUUGAUUGACUGAUUCAUUUAUUCAUUYGCUACGUGCAUCGAACCAUGGAUUGCCCACGUUCUUGCUGCGACACGAUGCCACAUUACCAUUUUUCACGAAAACGAAGGGCCGGAAUGUCGGUAGCAUCGGGCAUUCCGGAUUUCCGGAGCUCGAAUGGUUUGUACGCAACCCUGGACGCGUCCAAACUGACAGCCACCCCCGAACAGGUGGAACAAAUCAGGGCCGAUCCGAGCUAUUCGCUGGACCAGCACUUGUUCAUGGAAAACCCGCUGCCGUGCCUGGAGGUGAACCGAGAAUUCAUCCUGGGCGUUCGGGAACGMCGGUGGAAGGCCACGCUGGCCCAUCGGUUUGUGGAGAUGCUGCGGACGAGGGUCACCAACAAAGAAGGAGGGGGCAAGCUCGUCCGAUUAUACACGCAAAACAUCGACGGCCUGGAGGACCAGUGCGAGGGCAUCGGUCACCAGAGGCGCAUCGCCGUCCACGGUUCGAUGGACGAGGCAGAGUGCGCCACCUGCGGGGCCGCGAUGGACUUUGACGUCUUUUGCGGGAGGGUCAAAACGCAGAUCAAGGACAUUCUGGGAAAAGAUCCCUCGGCCCCUUUGCAAUCGACCCCCAUUGUUUGCGAGUCGUGCGGUGCCGGAACGGUCAAGCCCUCCAUCGUUCUCUUCCGGUCGCGCCUGCCGGACGUCUUCUUCCAGAACGUCCCGAACGACAUCAAGAACAUCGACCUGCUCCUGGUCCUGGGAACCUCGCUCGCGGUGGCACCGGCCAACAGCCUCGUCAUGAAAAUCCCCCGAUCGUCCAUGAGGGUUUUGAUGAACCGAGAGCCCGUGGGGUGGCACCUGGGUCUGGACUACGAGUCCAACGACCGCGACUACUUUGCGGAGGGCGACUGCGAAACCAGCGCGCUGGAUUUCAUGGAGGAGCUGGGGUGGCUGGAAGACCUGAAACCCCUGAUGGAUCGAUCGGAAUUCCCGGAAUCCAGUUCGAAGCUGCUGCGGGAACGGCUGGAACGGGUUCGGCAACAACAGGAACAACAAAAGCAGGUGCAAAUACCUCCGGAGGACCAACAAAGAGUGGUUGAGGAUGGCAAGGAGUAAGAAGGUUGACAAAUCAAUCUUUUUAUCCAUUAUUAAUUAACACAAUACAUAUGA